AUGGAGAUGCUGGUGCUGGUGCAGAGCUACUCAGUGGACCGAGCUAAUGCCGAGCUCUUCGCAACCAAGUCAGAGCUGGAGACGGAGCGCCGCAAGGCGAUAUCGCCAGAGUUCGAGUUAGCGGGCAAGAAGAGGAAACUAGAGGAGGUCCAGAGAAUCUGCACCACUGCCAACGAAAGAUGGAAGGAGGCCAUGACCAGUAACGAAAAUCUGGUUAAGGACAAGGAAGAGGCCGAUAGUAGGAUUGCAGCAUUGGAGAAGGAACUGGCGAGGGAAAGGGCAAAGUUGGCAUCUGAGAGGGCGGCGUACCCCGACCUGUGUAUGGCGGCGGUGGAGCAACUCAAGGAGUCUGCCAAUUUCCAGAUGGCCAUAGAUGCUGUGAUCGCGACCAGCUUGGCGAAUGAGGGUAAUGGGGGGGCUGGGCCGUCGAGAGCGGCCGCUGGAGGGAACAAUUUGAAGAAAGUCCUGACUUCAACCAACAACGUCGUUCUUUCGGAAAUCAAGGUUGCACUCAGAUAUUUCGGCUGGCCGAGUCUUCAAAAAGAGGGGAGGGCAGCCCACGCUCUUCUCCGCUACGACCCGACCUAUACGACUUUCUCGGGGGCAGAGAACAUCCUAGUUCCGAAGGGAGAGGAGUUUCUUACCGCCCUUAUCCUGACCGAUUUCAAGAAUUUGAGGCAAGUCGGUCUUGAGGGGUCUAAUUCGGAACGACCAAAAGUAGCUGAGGUUGCCGAGUUCGAUCAGUCCGAAACUGAAGUCGACGAGGCUUUACAGUUAGCCUUUGAAGAAGCCGGCCUCAACUCAGUCGACCCUCCGUCCACUUUGGGCCGAGAGGAUCUUCCACUCAAUGACAUUUUUCAUGGUCUGGAGGACCUUCCCAGUGCUUACCCCGAAGAUAUAGCUGGGUUAAGCCUCACACAACUUGCCAAAAAGGCGAACGCGGAAAGAAUGACAACACAACGAAGGGCAGAGGCUAUUCGAACCGGAAUGCCUCCUGCUACCGAAACUCAGCCCUUCUUGCUUACCGUCGGAAGGAUAGAGGAGAUGGGCCGUCGCCAUCAUGACGCCAUCGAACAGCUCGGCCGUCUUCAAACGGAAGUUGAGGACCAAAGAAGCAGGGCUGAGUUUGAGGCUUUAAGGGCGAAGAUGGAAGGCGUACAGGCCGAAGCCGAGAUGGAAAGGGCACGGAAUACGGAGGAACUGAGAUUAGCCACCGAGAGGAGGGCGGACGCGAGCGAGGGGGCGCUGAAAUUGGCCCAGGAGGCGGUCUCCAAACUGGAGGCUGAGUUGGAGGAAGUAAAGAAGGCGAAGAAAGCGGCCGACUCGAACACUUCUAAGGCAUUAGAGGCCGAGAAAAGUGCUGCCCUUGCCGAAUAUGUAGAUGAAGCGUUUUCGAAUCUUUUGUUAUUGAUGAAUGAUAUUGCUGUUGAUUGCGAGAUGGCUACACUUUGUUUUUAA